GAAGUACCUUUUCAGAGGACCUUCUCCCACGUCUCUGAGCGCGUGUCUCGACCGCUGUCUGGACCCUUUUCCUCUUUCUGUGAUGAAGAGGGAGGUUGUUGGUUAGGCUACGCGCCCCGCUGAGUGGCAAUUUCAUCUCAUAUUUACAAACUGAUAAGCUUUCUCGAGCAUUUCUUUUAAAUAUGCGCUCCUAUGUGACGCGUUAGCUUAUAAGAGUGCGAAAAAAGCGCGUCCCGUCUUGGCCGGUCUCUAUUUGUGUGCAUGCAUGUGUGUGUGCGAGUGUGUGUGUGUGAUUGUGUGCAACAUAACCGGCUUAUUUACAUUAAAUACGCCACAAGGUUACAGUGCAGAUGAGCGUCAUUUUAUCACUCAUUACUUCUCUCUUAUACUGACUGAUGCUCGCUCUCUCCGCUCAUCUCACUGGACUUUUUCUCGAGGAUACAAGACUUCGCAUACUUUCCCCCAAAAGCUGACUGUGUGUCCCGGUCCUUGGUCUCUCACAGAGUAAAGACUCAUCGCAGCUGUCAUCGCUUGUUGCCGUACAGACUCAGUGGCGGGGUGAGUCACGGUCUCUUCAACCUGACGGGCCCCGGACCAGUAUGCAGUUAGAGUGAUCAGCUUCCUGAUACACAGAGGGACAGGCAGAAAGUGUAUGUAAAGUUAUGAAGGAAGGCCAGCAGGUCCCCCCUCCUCCUCCUCCUCCUGCUCGCCUGGCCGGCGAAUCUCCUUGGGAAUGCAACACCCGCCUCAGGAUGGAGGACUCUAGUUUGUGCCUUGGUGUAUCCUCGGUGGUCUCAGAUGCUGACACCCAUCUUAGCAACGCAGUACUUAACGGCCGCUAUCCAAUCAGUCAGAAACUGCAUCAGCUGACUGCUCAGCUGGGUCAUGCCUUUCCUGAACUACAGAGUCGCCAGCAGAUCCCAGAGGAAAAGGCAGCAACCCCACUGGAUGAGAAAACCCAUGCUGCCUUAGCUAGUCAGCCAAUCAGCAGCCAGAUGGCCUUACUGGCCAACCAGCUCAAUCGUGACAUGGAUGUGGGCGCCUUGAGUGGUCUCAAUGGCCGUGUUGAUUUGCAACAAUUUCUCAAUGGACAGAAUUUAGGAAUCAUGUCUCAGAUGAAUGAUAUUGAAGAUGAUGCACGCAAGAACCGCAAAUAUCCCUGUCCUCUUUGUGGCAAGCGAUUCCGCUUCAACAGCAUUCUGUCACUUCAUAUGCGUACACACACUGGAGAGAAGCCUUUCAAAUGUCCAUAUUGUGACCACCGAGCUGCUCAGAAGGGUAAUCUGAAAAUCCACCUCCGCACCCAUAAGCUGGGAAAUCUUGGUAAGGGCCGUGGUCGUGUACGUGAGGAAAAUAGGCUUCUUCAUGAACUUGAAGAGAGAGCCAUUCUACGUGAUAAGCAAAUGAGGAACAGCUUGCUGCAGCCACCUCAACCUCUUCCACCCCACUUGGGUAUCCAGACUCAUAGCCAACAACAGCCUGGCUCUGCCUGUGGCCUGCUCACUCCAACCAGUAUUGGUAACUCACCUGAGGGACUGACCCAGCCGUCUGCCUCACCUAAGCCUGCUUCUAACAACCUACAAGAUGAGCAAGCCCUCAAUCCAGCCCAAGGAUACCGGUGCACUUUUUGCAAGGGUAAAUUUAAGAAGCGCGAGGAGCUAGACCGCCACAUUCGCAUUCUCCACAAACCCUACAAAUGUACCCUGUGUGAAUUUGCUGCUUCACAGGAGGAGGACCUGAUCAGCCAUGUGGAGAAAACACAUAUCACCGCUGAAUCAGCCCAGGGACAGGGCACAGGAGCUGGCAAUGGAGAGAAACCCAGCAAUGAAUUCCGCUGUGAGGUUUGUGGCCAGGUUUUUAGUCAAGCUUGGUUUCUGAAAGGCCACAUGCGGAAACACAAGGACUCCUUUGAACAUUGCUGCCAGAUCUGUGGACGUCGUUUCAAGGAGCCCUGGUUCCUGAAGAAUCACAUGAAGGUGCAUCUCAACAAGCUGGCCAUCAAGAGCAAGCCUCCUGUUGGUGGAGGAGCUGAUGAUGAAGGACACGCCGUGAACAGCAUGAGCAGCCUUGCUCAAGAAGCUCAUGCAAACCUGUAUUCACGUUAUAUUUCUUGUUUGCAAAGUGGUUUCCUCACACCCGACAAACAAGGCCUGGCUGAACAGCAGCACCAGAUGCUGGCCAAAGCCGGUAUUGCUAUGAAGGAGAAGGAGAUGCUUGGAAAGCUCCUAAGUCCAAUGGCCAGCAUGGGCCAUGGCUUAGGGGAAAAUGAAAAGCGAUCACUUUUAGGUUGCCUGAACCUAGUGCCCCCUCUGAAGUCUAGCUGUAUGGAGCGCUUGCAAGCUGCAGCUAAGGUAGCAGAAAUGGACCCCCUAAACAGUUAUCAAGCCUGGCAAAUCAUGGCACGUGGAAUGGCAAUGGAGCGCUCCUUCAUGCCAAAAGAGCAGCACCAUGGUGUGCAUGGACAAGAAGAUGAACUUGCCAAUGCAGCUGGGAUUGUUCCCUUUGGUAAAGACAAGCCUGACCACCCAACCUUAGGCUCUAAUGAUGGUUCCAAGCUGAAGCAACAUCCUGAUGUGCUUCAUGGAGUGAAGACAAGUGGAGGCAUGAUGCCCUUGAAAGAUGAAGGUUUAACCUUUGAUAGUCACCGUGAGUUCUUGCCUCACCAUGGUGGUCUAGGCCUGGGCCAAGGGCUUGAGUACAGCCUAGCCAGCCUAAAGGAGAAAGCAACUGAGUGUCCUGACUGUGGCAGAGUCUUCAGAACCUACCAUCAAAUGGUGGUCCACUCUCGAGUGCACAACAAGGAUCGCCGAACCCUAGAAGACAGCUCCCAGCACAUUCUAGAUGAACGGCGUGGCUCAGCUAGCGACCCUGAAUCUCAGUCCAUUAGCCGAUCGACUACCCCAGGCUCCUCCAAUGUGACAGAGGAAAGUGGUGCUGGAGGCGGACACUCCCAGACAGGCAGUGUGCAGGAUGACAGUCCCCACCCUUCCUCUCCAUCCUCAGAUGUCGGUGAUGAGAUGGCGAAACCUGUGAGUGCUGUCCAGCCCCCCACUACUCAGCACCGGGACAGGAGUGUGGGUUCAAGCAUGAAGGACUGCCCCUACUGUGGCAAAUCUUUCCGCACCUCACACCAUCUGAAGGUCCACUUAAGAAUACACACAGGUGAAAAGCCCUACAGGUGCCCUCACUGUGACUAUGCAGGCACUCAAUCAGCUUCCCUGAAGUACCACCUGGAGCGCCAUCACCGUGAGCGGCAGAACGGAAGUGGGCCCUCGGCCAACCAUCCUCCAUCAUCUGAACACAAGGAUGACCACAACAAGAACAGCGGUGGGACAGGGGUUUUUGCUCGUCCUGAUGUCCUUCGCGGGGUCUUCAAAGGCAUGAUGCCCUCUGGUCUUGACUUCAGAGGAGGUCAAAUGCUUCCACACCAGUGGGCUCCACCAGGAAUGCUCUCACCUAGAGACAGAGAUCGUGAAAGGGAGCGCCAUGGACCGGGGCCAGAGCCCACCACGGAGAACAUGAAGAGUCCCGAGGGACCUGGUUCUGCAGCGGACAGUCCUGCUAGCUUCUCUGACCUCGGUCGGGCCUACCAGAGUAUGGUGGGAAAUGGAGUCAACUUCCAGGGCUCCCUUCAGGCCUUCAUGGACAGCUUUGUGCUCAGCUCUAUGAAGAAGGAGAAGGAAAUGAGAGAGAGUCAGCUGCACGGUCAGCACUUUAGCCAGGAGAAUGCAGAGAUCAAGACCAAAAGAUCCAGCGAGGCCAACCAGGAAGAAAAUCCCACCAGUGACAUUAAACCAGCUGAGGGUGGCCGUUCACAGUAUGAGCCCCUGGAUUUGUCUGUUAGGCCUGAAGCGGGGUCCCUUCCUGGAACCUCUAUCACCAUCCAGGAUAAUGUCGCCUGGCAUGGUUGCCUCUUCUGCUCCUUCACAACUGCCUCUGUAGAGUUGAUGGCCCUCCACCUGCAAGCCAACCACCUGGGUAAAAGCAAAUGUGGCCCAGGCAAAGAUACUAAGGAGCACCUCAUGGGAGAGCCUUCCCAUGUGGGCAAAGCUACUGGCUUGGCUCCUCCACCACCAGGCCUUCUUCAUCACCAUGAGGGAGCCCCGUCCAGGGACAGAGAGACUGAGUCUGGGGAUCCAAAGGGACAAGCAGGCUGGUCCAACCAUCUGGAUCAGCCCCCGCACGGAGCCUCCAUGGGAGCAUUCUCCAGUGACUUCUACAAGCCCUUUGGUCCUGUGUAUGAUGGCUCUGCUAGAGGGCCUGUUGGAUUUCUGGACCAGCAGCAAAUUCAGCCUAACGACAUGGGUGGUCAGGGCCCUUUGGAUGACCUAUCCGACAAGGCUUCCUGCAGUGAGAUAGAGGCAUCUGAGGAACACGGUGGCCAGUCUGAGGAGGAUGAAGUGAGUCGUGACAAAUCCUUACCCAACCCCACUGCGACAGAGAGACACAUGCAUUCAGAUGACGAAGAGGAAGCAGAUGAAGAAGAGGAGAUGGAGAUGGGUGAUGCUGAGGAGGAGGAUCGUAGAUCCAUGCAAAUGCUUCCUGAAUCUCCAUUGUCAGGAAAGGACAUCCAAAGAUGCAAGCUAACUGUAGGCCCUCAAAGCUCAGGGCUUUCUCCUCCUCAAGCUCCCACCCCUGAGAAGCAGUGGCAGCAGCAAGCAGGCCUGGGUCUUCUAUCUUCAAGCGGUGGUCCCCCUGGCCUGGUUAAGCCUGAUCAACCCCACCUCGAUCACCAGAUGAACAUGCUAUCUGUCCUGCGGGCCUACAGUUCAGAGAACCUCGCAGCCUUCAACGGAGGUCUUGGUGGAAGCUCCAACGGAGGAAGCGGUGGCACCAGCAACAUGAAAAGAAACGACCCCUCUGUUCAUCUGUGGGCGGAAGAAGAGGCGUCCCGAAGGUUCGGUCCUGCUCUUACCCCUGAACAUAGCCUAACUGACACAGAGAUGCAGGACUAAUCAGAAACUAACAUCACCUCCCCCUACUGGACUGAGCGGCCAAGAGCAGGCGACACCCAAAACCAGGACCAGGACUAUGAAGGACAGUAUCUUAUCAAAAGCAUUAUUUAACAUAAGAGACGUAUAAAUGGGACGGCUCCGAUGGUUUCCUACACAGGCGUUCUCGCUGGAUGAAGGGAAGAAGAUUUGUUUAGCGAGCUGGAAACAAGGAAAGAAAAAAACAAACUUUUUUUUUUGGCUUCCUGUGUUUUACGUGUCUUGAAUCCUCCCUUGUGUAGCUGAUAAAUACUUUCUGUGUUUUUAAAUGCUUUUUUUUUGACUUAGUGAGGAAACUUUGAAGUGCUUGUCCCAACACAUUCCUUGAACCAAGAUGGCGACCAGUUGCCAGUUUCAGAAUGAGAGAGCUAGUAACUCGCGCUCUCUUUCUCUCUCUCUUUCUGUCGGUGUUUCUCACUGCCCACUGAAACUUCACCAGUGUUAUUUGUCUGAGGCUUCCUAAAAAAAUGUUCCUCCGGACUUUUGGACCAAGCACACACACAUGCUCUCGUUGAAACCUCCGCACACUCUCUCAGCAGCCAGUGCCUGGACGUCAAAGCGGACGAAUGACAAUCCAGUACUUUCAGGAAACGUCAACACUGCGUUUAAAAAACGAAAAGAAAAAAGGGAAGCUGCGCCUUUUACACACAAUUUGUUCUCCUGAUGUGUCUGUGAGACGUUCCAAAAACAAACAAACAAAGAGGACGCUGUAGCAUUCGAGAUGGAAAACCAGCCGAGGUGACAGAAGAACUAGUUUACACCGAGCGUGUCGGAUGAAACGGCACGAGCCACGGAGUCUGUGAAUGUGCAGGAAAUCAAACAGAAACGCGGCCCUUAACCCUUACAUGCUUUGAUCUCAGUCUUGCUCACUUCAAGUACUCUGGUUAUGAGAUUGUGUUUGUAAUAUACUGCCACCAAUCAGUGUUGCAAAAGUGUUACUGACUACUGAAAUGGUUUGAUGUAUUCAAUUAUUAAAGAAAAAAAAAGAAAGAAAAAAAGCAAACAAGAAGCAAGUAUUGUCUAGCCAUAGAUACAGUCAUGCGUUGUUGCAUUUACAAAGCUAGCUGUUUUAGAGUGUAUGUAUUAGAUUGGAGUUUUCUUCUCUAGUACUGUAAUUUUUUUGUUUUGCCUUUCACCUUUGUAAAAUACCAAUAACAUUAAAAGAAAAGGAAAAAAAGAGAGAAAGAUUGACAAUCUUCUUCUGUUGCUGCAAGCAUAUAAAUCCAUACGAUAUAUAUAAAUAUAUACCUGCGCCUCAUGCAAGCAAAUACAAAACUGAGGUUCCCCCCCACCCCCAAGUAUUUUGCACUGUGAUAGUAAAUGAAAAACCAGUCUAUACAGUACGCAGAUCGCUAAUGGAAAAUGAAGGUGCGUGUGUGCGUGCGUGUUUGUGCGUCCCUUGACGUUGUGAACUGAUAUUCUCUCUAUUCUUUUUCUUCUUUUCUUUUCUUUUUGUGAACUCUGCUGAUUUGGUCUGUGUAGUUCAAACUAUCUCAUCUUUAUGAUGGUCAUCUUUGAGAAUCAAUCCUCCCCUCGUUGUGUGUAGACUCCAAAAACGCUCAUUUUCUUUAGUUGUCUUCCUUGCAAAAAAAAAAAAAAAAAAAAGCGCAACUCUGAAAAUUGAAUUCAUUUGAAUAGUUUUCAUGCAAGGAUAAAUCCUCUUGUAAAUGCUACAAUUUAAAAAGAAAAGUAAAAAAAAAAGAAAAAAAAACAAUGUCUCAAAGUGAAGCUGUUUUGUGAACUAGUUUGGGUGAACUAGUACAGGCUACGUUAAGGUAAAGGCCAGGGAUAGGAUUGAUGUCUUGACUGAUCCCUAUAUACACUGGUUCUAGAUGAGCACAGCACAGCUCUGGCUCCCUCCUCUGUGUAGUAUAAUCUCUCUUUCAGUCGUUCUGGACUAAUAUAUGAGCAUUCCACACCUCUGAGCUGUCUUGUGGACUGUAUGAGUUUCAUUUGGUUGCUGUAUCCUCAUGGCAGAUGCUUUGUUUUGUAACUACUGAACUGUACUUAUAAUGAGAAAUAAAAUGUAUUCAAACUAUGAA